AUGCCCAACCGCGCCCGCCGGUCGCUGCCCGACGACCGCAAGCGCCAUUCGAGUGUGCCGCCGCACCAAGUGGGCAAAACGCUUUUGCGACUCGCGGUCAAGAUGGAAAACCAGCUCUACGCAGCGACGCACGGCCGCGCCCUCACAGACGAAGCGAUUCGAAAGCACCUCGUCUUCCUCGCGACCCGCGCGUGCAGCAAGCCGACGCGCUGACCAAGUUUGUCUCUAUGGACUGUUUUCGUAGUAUUUAAUAUUCGGCCAAGAAGCGACGACACGUGAGUCUUUCACAUCGACCCUGUACGUCUUGCGCAAAGCUCUAACGUCACGCCGC